UUCGUAGGAUCCACGCUAGGUUAUCGCAACCCUAAGUCCCACUAGUCCUCCUAGGUCACUAGAACCGGUCGUUAUCUCCGAACCAGUGUAUCGUAUCGCCUUACCUGGGGCGGAGUCGUGGAGUUUCACAUUCGAAGGCCUCGAGAUAUCCUGUCUGUCGCAUCGAAUUUCUGGCUUUCCUUUCCAAUUUGCAAUAUAUCUUAAAAAUCCGUAAGGUUCACAACUCGCUAUAAUCAGGCCGUCUUAGGUGGGUCCGAGUGUCAUUUUCUUAUUCGAUCCAGUAUGGCGGGUCAAGGCUGGGGCGAUGCGGUGGAGGAAGGCCCCAUGAAUCCCCCCCUACAGCCCGCGCCAGGGGGCCCUGCGCCCUACAUGCACCCCCCUGGCGGGCCUUCCGCUCCGGGGGGACCCCGCGGACAGGGACCGAUCUUACGUCAGCCGAUCGGGUCGUACGUUCCCCCGCACUUGCGUGGCCGCGGAGGAGGCGGGGGGGAUUUCGCGCAGCCUGGACCGGGUAUGCCGGGGAUGGGUCCGCAGGGGGGCCCCGGCCCUGCGCCGGUAGUCUCAUGGAAUGCGCCAGCAGCGGGAGCUGGCGGAUCGUGGGCGGAUCAGGCAGGCGCGGCAGGUCCGCCGCCGUACGCGGGGCCUCCGGCUGGCGGCGCAUGGAACGGCGCACCCGCAGGCGGAGGCGGCUGGGGCGGUGGCGGAGGAUACGGGGGAGGAGGCGGCGGAGGGGCGUGGCAAGGCGGGGGUGGCGGAGGCGGGUUUGGCGGCGGCCGGGGGGGCUAUGGCGGCGGGAGACGGGGCGGCGGCGGCGGCGGCGGCGGAGGGCCUUUGGGAGGGUUUAGCGGGUCGGGGGGCGGGCGGGAGGAGGAUCCGUUUUCGUCGCAGACUAAGAAGGAUUCGGAGGCGGUGUUCGAGGGGCAUCAGAACACGGGCAUCAACUUCGACGCUUAUGAGGACAUCCCCGUCGAAACCAGCGGCGACAAUGUCCCCCCCGCCAUCACCGCCUUCGACGGAUCUGGGCUCCUGCCGGCGGUGAUGGAGAACGUGCGGCGCUGCAACUACUCCAACCCCACGCCCGUGCAGCGGCACGCCAUCCCUAUCUCGCUGGCGGGCCGCGACCUCAUGGCGUGCGCGCAGACGGGCUCCGGCAAGACCGCCGCCUUCUGUCUCCCCAUAAUCUCCGGCAUCCUCGCCUCCGGGCCGCCGCCCGACCGCCCCCGCUUCGGCCGCAAGGCGUUCCCGCUCGCGCUGAUCCUCUCCCCCACGCGCGAGCUGACCAGCCAGAUUCACGCCGAGGCCUGCAAGUUCGCCUACAAGACCGGCCUGCGCGCUGUCGUCGUCUAUGGUGGCGCCCCUGCCGGCCAGCAGAUGCGGGAGCUGGAGAGGGGGGUUGAGAUUCUCGUUGCCACGCCUGGAAGGCUGUGCGACAUGCUGGAGCGUGGCAAAGUCUCCAUCACCAUGGUGCGCUACCUCGCCUUGGAUGAAGCGGACCGCAUGCUGGACAUGGGCUUUGAGCCGCAGAUCCGGCGCAUUGUGGAGCAGGAGGGCAUGCCGCCCGCGGGGCAGCGCCAGACGCUCAUGUUUUCCGCCACCUUCCCCAAGGAGAUCCAGCGCCUCGCCGCGGACUUCCUCGCCAACUACGUGUUCCUCACGGUGGGGCGCGUGGGGUCGUCCACGGACCUCAUUCAGCAGCGCGUGGAGUACGUGCCCGAGCACGACAAGCGGUCCGUGCUGAUGGAUCUUAUCCACGCGCACCAUACCUCCAACGGCGCUUCUGGGAAUGCGGGCGGGCUGACCCUGGUGUUUGUGGAGACCAAGAAGGGAGCCGACUCCCUGGAGGACUGGCUGUGCCGCAACGGCUUCCCUGCCACGUCCAUCCACGGCGACCGCUCGCAGCAGGAGCGCGAGUCCGCGCUACGCUCGUUCCGCUCGGGCCGCACACCCAUCCUUGUUGCCACCGACGUGGCGGCUCGCGGCCUCGACAUCCCGCACGUGAGCCACGUCAUCAACUACGACCUGCCCUCGGACAUCGACGACUACGUGCACCGUAUCGGGCGUACGGGCCGCGCGGGCAAGACGGGGCUGGCAACGGCGUUCUUCUGCGACAAGGACACGAACCUGGCGCGGUCGCUGAUCGAGCUCAUGGCGGAGGCGAACCAGGAGGUGCCCGGGUGGCUGCAGAACUUUGCGUCGCGGUCAGGGUAUGGCGGGGGUAAGAGCAGACGAGGCGGCGGGGGGAACCGGUUUGGAGGGAGGGAUUUCAGGAAGGAGCGAGGGGGAGGGGGAGGCGGAGGGGGGUAUGGGGGAGGGGGGUACGGAGGCGGGGGGUAUGGUGGAGGAGGAGGGUAUGGAGGUGGGUACGGUGGGGGCGGAGGGGGAUAUGGUGGCGGCGGUUACGGCGGCGGUGGCGGUGGUUACAACAGUGCACCUCCUAGUGCGUGGGACUAGGUGGGUGUGCAGUCUGCCACCUGCCCUCGCGACCCAAGGAGUGGGCUUGGGGGGAAGGGGAGGGGAUGGUGGGCUGUGCCGCUUGAGUGGACGUAUUGGAUCGGAGUAUGGCAUCACUAGUACACUGUGCGAGGUUUCUCAGGUUUCUCUGUAGUGGACGUUUCUGUUGGGAGUAUGAUCGUUGUUCUCCAGCUUGCUACCACCGCUGCUGCUGCUGCUGCUGCCGCUGCCACCGCCCCCACUAAUGCUCUUGUGAGGGCAGCAGUCCUCUUGUGAGGGCAGCAGCCCCCACUGAUGCUCUUGUGAAGGCAGCGAGUUGACCCUGCCUUGCUGCUGUGGGAGCUGUAGGAAGGUGCUUCAAGAGGGGGCUCUUAAAUGGAGUCCACACCGCCUCUCAUUCGCCGAUAUCUCUGCAGUCUACGGGUCAUGCAGUGAAGGUGUUGCUGGAGACGUCUGCUGCUGCGCCAUGCAGCUGACGCCCGGCAGGCGGCUCAAGUCCUGGUCAAGGGACCACCCGGUUGGGGCAUCUCAGAACUGACCCGGUUUGGGGUGUCAAGUCUGGGCUGGGGUCUCUGCGGCUCAAGCAAGGGUCAGAAGAAGCAGCAGUAGCCUUGGUAGAGAGGGCUUUGGGGUCUUUGUCUGGACUUCGUUGCGACCUGCCUUUUCCCACCCCCCUUUCCCCUCUUCUCUCACCCAGCCCCCCCCCCUCUCACCUUCUCUUGCCAUUCCCUCACUCUUGCAUGUGUCAAGCAUGCCGCCAGCUUCCAUCCUUAGCCACUUCGUUUCUAACCAGAACUAAGGGCAGCAUGGAAUUGGGGUAGGCAGAUCUGCCUGGGUCUUGUUCCUGGGCUUUUGGGCGGAGGGUGCUAGAGCACAGGCAAUGUCUCUUCCUUCUAGGCAUAGGCUUGGGGACGAGCCUUGUAAAGCCAUGUACCCCAUGGCUUUUACAGGGCCUUGUCUCUGGGCCCUCCCGAGGUUCGGAUGGGCUCUCCGUUCUGGGCCUGCCUGGGCCAAUAUGGUUUGCUACCUACUUGCCUCUGUGCUUGUGUCUCCCGUACCUACGCCUUGGGUCCUGCAGAGUCUGCCUCUGCCUCAAUUUUGAUUAGGCUGGGUCUAGACCACCUGAAGUGGAACUUGAUGACAUUCCUCUCUUAAAGUGCCAAUUU